GUUGUUCAAGACUUCAAGUUGGAUACCCAACCAGCUAGCCAGUAAAUUAUACACACAACCAAUAGUACACUUCAAUUUCUUACAAUCAAUCAAAGUGAAACCCACUAAAAAUGGUAGCUUUCCCCAUCAUUACAAAGUCUCUAAGCCACCAUAUUUUCAAGAAACCCUUCUUCUCCUCACAAAUUCUUGAUUUUAAAUCACAAGAAUCAAAUCUUUUUAGAAUCAGAACUCUAAUCUUGCAAUCAGAAUCAUCCCCUGUCAAACUAACCAAACUCUCAGACCUUGACUCAGGUAUUGUGGAGGUUAAUCUGGAUAGGCCUGAAGCGAAAAAUGCGAUUGGGAAGGAAAUGCUGAGGGGGUUGCAGAAUUGUUUCGAGGCUGUGUAUAGGGAUUCUUCUGUUAAUGUUAUGAUGAUUUCUAGUUCCGUGCCGCGGGUGUUUUGUGCUGGUGCUGAUUUGAAGGAGAGGAAGAUGAUGACCCCAUAUGAGGUUAAGGAUUUUGUUAACUCUUUGCGCUCAACUUUCUCAUUCUUGGAGGGACUUCAUAUUCCAACUAUAGCUGUUAUUGAAGGUGCAGCAUUGGGCGGAGGUCUGGAAAUGGCAUUGUGCUGCGAUCUUCGGAUAUGUGGCGAAGAUGCAAAAAUGGCCUUGCCUGAAACUGGACUCGCGAUAAUACCUGGGGCAGGUGGGACGCAACGACUUCCUAGAUUGAUUGGAAAAUCAAAGGCAAAGGAGCUUAUAUAUACUGGUCAGAAAAUAUAUGGAAGGGACGCACUAGAUAUUGGCCUUGUUAAUCAUUGUGUACCUGCUGGGGAAGCUCAUUCAAAGGCUCUUGAAGUCGCUCGAGCUAUAAGUCAGAAGGGUCCUCUGGCGGUAAAAAUGGCAAAGCAUGCCAUUGACCAUGGACUUGAGGGAGAUCUGACAUCGGGUUUGGACGUGGAAGAAGACUGCUAUGAAAAGCUAUUGCACACUAACGACAGACUGGAGGGCUUGGCAGCAUUUGCAGAAAAGCGGAAACCUAUUUAUAAAGGUGAAUGAGAAAUACAAUGGAGUUGCCUAUCUGUUGUUUACAUCUUGUGCCCUGUCUCACUAAGUUCAAAUAUGUACAGUAGGGCAGGUCUUGUGGCACCAUUUUCACAUGAGGACUGUAUACUCCAUAUCUGUCUAAUGAAUCUUAGUAAUUUUGGGGUUCUCACUGUUGUCUAAAGUUGUGUUUCUUUACUCUUGAAAGUAGAGCAGGCUAAUUUUUUUUUUC